UGACAGUGCAUAUUUGAGUGCAAAAAGGGCAACGCGUUAGCAUAAAUAAUUAAUUGCAAUUGCGGCAAUUUGAUUGGCAAUCGAUUAUGCAGUAAUGCUCAAUGUCGAUCUAAUUUUUAUCACUAAGUGGGCCCUCACUUAAUCGCAAUAACAACAAACAGUGCAAAACAAACAGAGUUGCAAUUUCAAUUAUUGCCAUCAAAACGUGCAAGGGAUCCAUAUUUUAACCAAUUUUAAUGUCAAGGUAAUCUUUGAAAACCCAAAAGCCAAUCGAACAAAUUUGCAAAAUGGCAAAAGUCACGAACUGGGAUAAGUUUGUGCUGCUUUUGUGGAAGAACUGGACCCUCCAAUGGAACCACAAGUGGCAGAUGGUUAUCGAGCUGGUGCUGCCGGCCAUAUUCUCCCUGCUCCUCGUUUUGGUCCGCACCUUGGUGGAUACGGAGCAAAAAGGAGUCAAGUAUUAUGAUCCUCAGAAUUUAACAGAUCUCAGUUUGCUGCAACAUUCGUUGCAUAGGUCGUCCUACCUUGGCAAGCUCAUAGCGCUGAUUGCACCCAAUCGACGGAGGGCAAACGGCGGCUUUUCAAAGUUUGAGUUCACCCUGUGCUACUCGCCCGUAAAUCCCGUGCUAAAGAAACUGGUGGAAGAGGCGUGGCAGAGCCUCGGUAAGACCCAAAUCUGCGAAUCGGAAAAUGCAGCCCAACUGGAGUUGGAUACGGUCAGCAAGAACGCCUUUGCCGGCGUCCAGUUUGACGAUGCCUGGGCGAGUCUAACGGAGAAUGACACCCUACCCGAUGACUUUCAUUUCGCACUGAGAUUUCCAGCGGAGCUGCGAACGGCGACGAUGGCCAUUGCGAAUACCUGGCUAACGAUGCGACUGUUUCCCACAAUCGAUCUGACUGGACCGCGAAACGAAGGAGACCAAGACGGUGGCAUUCCGCCCGGUUAUUUGCGAGAGGGUUUCCUGCCCCUGCAGCACAGCCUUUCAAUGGCUUAUCUAAGGCAAAAGUCCGGGGAACAGGAUCUGCCGAAUGUGGUGAUGCAACGCUAUCCAUUUCCCGCCUACAUCUUUGAUCCUCUCCUGGAGGGCAUGUCCUCGAUAAUGUCGCUGAUCAUACUGCUGAGCUUUAUUUACCCUUGCACGUACAUCACCAAGUACAUCACCGCCGAGAAGGAGAAACAGCUCAAGGAGGUGAUGAAGAUCAUGGGGCUAAGCAACUGGCUCCAUUGGACCGCUUGGUUUGUCAAGUCCUUCAUCAUGCUGACCAUAUCGGCCAUUCUGAUUGCCAUUCUGGUCAAAAUCAAUUGGACUGAGGAUGUAGCCGUACUGACGCAUGCUAAUUUUACGGCGUUGCUAUUCUUUCUGAUUAUAUACAUUAUAUCGAGCAUCUGCUUCUGCUUCAUGAUGGCCACAUUCUUCUCAAGAGCGAGCACUGCGGCCGCCGUUACGGGCCUAAUUUGGUUCAUCGCCUACAUUCCGUAUUCUUUUACCAUAAAUAGUUAUGACGACCUAAGUCUUUCUGCCAAGCUGGGCUGGAGCUUGAUCUCAAACACGGCCAUGGGCUUUGGCAUCAAACUGAUCCUGGGCUUCGAGGGAACGGGCGAGGGUCUGCAGUGGAGCAACUUCUUCACGCCGGUUUCCGUGGACGACACGUUGACUUUGGGAGCCGUGAUGGUCAUGAUGCUGUUAUCGAGCGUUAUUUACAUGAUUAUCUGCCUGUACGUUGAGCAAGUGAUGCCGGGUAGUUUUGGAGUGCCUCGUCCCUGGAACUUCCCGUUCACCCGGGAGUUUUGGUGCGGCGAACGGGAGUACACGGGCGUGGAAGACAUACCCAAUGGGCAUGUGGAGCGGCGCGAUCCCAAGGCCUUCGAAACGGAACCCGAGGGCAAGCAUAUCGGCCUGCAGGUGCGAAACCUCAAAAAGCGCUUUGGUGAUAAAACGGUCGUAAAAGGCAUUUCGAUGAAUAUGUUUGAGGAUGAGAUAACGGUUCUGCUUGGUCACAAUGGAGCCGGUAAAACUACGACCAUAUCGAUGCUGACGGGCAUGUUUCCGCCAACGAGCGGAACAGCCAUUAUAAACGGCAGUGACAUCCGCACCAAUAUCGAAGGAGCCCGCAUGUCCCUGGGCAUCUGUCCACAGCACAACGUCCUUUUCGAUGAGAUGAGUGUGUCGAAUCACAUUCGAUUUUUCAGUCGGAUGAAGGGACUGCGCGGUAAGGCCGUGGAGCAGGAGGUAGCAAAGUAUCUGAAGAUGAUCGAGUUGGAGGACAAGGCGAAUGUGGCCUCAUCUAAACUUUCUGGAGGCAUGAAACGCAAACUGUCCGUUUGCUGCGCCCUCUGCGGUGACACAAAGGUUGUGCUGUGCGACGAGCCGAGCUCAGGAAUGGAUCCGUCGGCCAGGCGGCAGUUGUGGGAUUUGCUGCAGCAGGAGAAGGUGGGGCGUACCCUGCUGCUAACUACUCAUUUUAUGGACGAGGCUGAUGUGCUGGGCGAUCGGAUUGCCAUCAUGUGCGACGGCGAGUUAAAGUGCCAAGGAACCUCAUUUUUCCUGAAGAAGCAAUAUGGAUCGGGCUACCGAUUGAUCUGUGUGAAACGAGAUGACUGCGAGACGAAUGAGGUGACUGCUCUUCUGAACAAGUACAUUCCGGGCUUGAAGCCGGAGUGCGAUAUUGGAGCGGAACUGUCCUAUCAACUGCCGGAUAGUGCCUCUACCAAAUUUGAGGAAAUGUUUGGACAACUGGAGGAACAAUCAGACGAACUGCAUCUAAAUGGCUACGGCGUGGGCAUCACAUCAAUGGAGGAGGUGUUCAUGAAGGUUGGCGCAGAAAAAGACAAUACCGGCAAUAUUAAGGACCAACAUGAGAUUAUGAACGGAGGCAGCGGAUUCCGUGGCGAGGAUGACAACGAAUCUGUUCAGUCGGACGGCAUCUUCUCGGAGAAUCGACGACUGCUGCAGGGAUUGCAGCUGCUAUCGAACCAAUGGAAGGCCAUGCUGCUCAAAAAGUUGCUCUAUACGUGGCGCAACAAGCUGCUACUGCUCAUCCAAAACAUUAUGCCCGUCUUUUUCGUGGUUGUCACCAUUUUGAUCAUUAGAACGCAAGGAACUUUCCAGGAACUAAAGCCCAUUACCAUUUCGUUGACUCAAUAUCCCCUGGCUGUAACUGUUUUAGAUCGGUCUAAUGCAAACGGAACGAGCAGCUCUGAAAUAGCUAAUAAAUACGAGAAUUUGGCUCGAUCCUAUGGAAGUAAUUAUGGUCUGGAACUAACGGGCAACAAGGGCUUUGAGGAUUACAUCCUGGAUCUUGGCAAAACGAUCCAGGUGCGCAUCAACUCGCGCUAUUUGGUGGCCGCCACUAUAACCGAGUCCAACAUCACUGCCUGGCUAAACAACCAAGCGUUGCACACUGCUCCCUUGACUGUGAACAUGGUCCACAAUGCCAUUGCCGAUAAGCUUCUUGGUUCAUCGGUGAAGAUCCAGGUGACAAAUGCACCACUGCCUUACACUACCAGUACGUUGCUCUCUCAGCUGAGCACGGGCAAUAAUCUGGGAACCCAACUGGCCUCCAAUCUGUGCUUCUGCAUGUGCUUCGUGAGCUCCAUAUAUAUUCUGUUUCUGAUCAAGGAGCGAGAGUCUAGAGCCAAGUUGCUGCAGUUUGUGGGCGGCGUGAAAGUCUGGACCUUCUGGCUGUCGCAAUUCAUCUGCGAUUUCGCAUCCUACAUUGUGACGGCUCUGAUCGUGGUGAUUACGAUUGUCUGUUUCCAAGAGUCCGGACUAUCUAGUUUCGGAGAACUGGGAAGAUACUUUUUACUGUUGCUGCUCUUUGGAUUCGCCGUGUUGCCCUUCAUCUACAUUAUGUCGUUGUUCUUUAGUGAACCGGCAACAGGUUUUGCCAGGGUAUCCAUUGUUAAUAUCUUUUGCGGCAUGGCUCUUUUCAUUGUGGUCGUGGUGAUGUCCUCGGAAUUAUUCGAUACGAAGGAUACUGCGGACAUAUUGGGUUGGAUCUUCCGAAUCUUUCCACACUUUUCGCUUGCCAUGAGUUUAAAUAAGGUCUACACCAACACAGCCACAAGGAAUGCCUGCGCCAAGGCGGGAGCACUUCCACCCAUUCUGCUCUGCGAGCUGGUGCCACAAUGCUGCAACAUUAAGCCUUACUUCGCUUGGGAGGAGCCUGGGGUUCUGCCCGAGACUGUGUACAUGACCGUUACCGGCGUCGUCUUCUUCCUCAUCAUUAUUGUGCUUGAGUUUAGAUUGAUCAACGAAUUGAUGUUUAAAAUCCGGCAACUGCUAUCUAAACCUCCACCGCCACCAGCGGAAGGUCAAUUGGAUGACGAUGUUGCUAAGGAACGGGAGCGAAUUCUGCAGAUGUCCUCUAAUGAGCUGGCCGCCAAGAAUUUGGUGCUGGACCGGGUCACCAAGUAUUACGGCCAGUUUCUGGCCGUUAAUCAGGUGUCGCUCUGCGUACAGGAAGUCGAAUGUUUUGGGCUGUUGGGCGUGAACGGAGCCGGCAAAACGACCACAUUUAAGAUGAUGACCGGCGACGAGCGUAUUAGCUCGGGAGCCGCUUACGUCCAAGGUCUGAGCCUGGAGUCGAACAUGAACAGCAUUUACAAGAUGAUCGGUUACUGUCCGCAGUUCGACGCACUUUUAGACGAUCUGACGGGUCGCGAGGUGCUCCGCAUUUUCUGCAUGUUACGCGGUGUCCAGGAAUCUCGCAUCCGGCAGUUGUCCGAGGAUCUAGCCAAGUCAUUUGGCUUUAUGAAGCACAUCGAUAAACAAACUCACGCCUAUAGUGGCGGAAAUAAGCGCAAGUUGAGUACGGCCAUUGCUGUGAUUGGAAGUCCGUCCGUUAUUUACCUAGAUGAACCUACAACUGGCAUGGAUCCGGCGGCCAGGCGCCAAUUAUGGAACAUGGUGUGCCGAAUCCGUGAUUCGGGUAAAUCCAUUGUGCUUACAUCCCACAGCAUGGAGGAGUGUGAGGCACUCUGUACGCGACUGGCCAUUAUGGUGAACGGGGAAUUCAAAUGCAUUGGCUCCACGCAGCAUCUGAAAAAUAAAUUCUCCAAAGGCCUUAUCCUUAAGAUCAAGGUGCGCCGCAAUCUGGAGGCGUUGCGUCAAGCGAGAUUAAGUGGCGGCUUUGCGCGAAAUCCGGAUGAGCAGACCAUGCCCGCCCAAAUGGCCCAGCAGGACAUAGAUGCCGUCAAGGAGUUCGUGGAGCGCGAAUAUCCGAAUUCUAUUCUGCAAGAGGAGUACCAGGGCAUUUUAACGUUCUACAUUCCACUGACUGGGGUGAAAUGGUCGCGCAUCUUCGGCUUGAUGGAGAGCAAUCGCGACCAGCUGAAUGUUGAGGACUACUCAGUCAGCCAAACAACGCUGGAGGAGAUCUUUCUGGAAUUCGCGAAAUACCAGCGCGAGGAUACGCGCGCCAAUCAGUGAGCUAGCCCCCAAAAAGAUCCGCCACCCAGUUGAUAACACCACCUGGCUUUUAAACGGGCUUCUUGCUUUCUGGCUUCAUCACCUACCUGUCGCAUCGCAUCGCAUUGCCAGCACCUAAUCAAACCGAGCACCGCCAGAACAUUCAAUUUCUCAUGCACGACAGCACCCGGAAUAGUCCAUCUAUCAUUUAUGAAUUCUGCACAAUGAUUUUUUGUUUGUAGUUUUAGCCAACACCCUAACCUUAAUGUAACAAGCUAACUCAGUUGCAUGCGCAUAUUCCUUAAAGUGCUAACAAUAUUCUACUAACUUACGCCCGCCGUUAACCGCCGCUGAUGCUAACCGUGUUAUGUCUGUUCUUUCUUUUUCCUUCUGAAAUCUGUCCCUCCCAUAUCCAGUCGCCUCUCGGAAUUGAGGAAGCUGUGCAAGUGCCUGCUAGCUAAUGAGUUUUGAACCAACUACCUGAACGGGUCCGUUACGAUCCGAACUUGACCUGAUCUUACACUCACAGAAAAUAAUGUUGUAUACCAAAACAACGCCAAUGCCUGAACAGCUAACAAAUAGUUUCUAAGUUCGACCUGACAAUAGAUAGCAGCGAUUAUGCCUUAUUUCAUUGUGAUCAUCUAGCGAAAUUUACACUACACGACGAAAGAUCUUUAAUUUGUAUGUGUACAGAUGUGUGUACAUAUAUGAAUGCUUGAUUUGCACGAUAAGUUCCCAAGAUCAUUUAAGUUUUGAUUUAUUAUUUGAUUUUCACCUUUUAAAAGUAUUGGCCUGCCUAGGCCCGAAACUAUUCCCAGCGCCCAAAGGAAACUUGUUGCAUAUAGUAAUAUGUAUAUUUAUUUCGAUGUACUUAGACCGGCUAACCAAAGCGUGUAAAUAAGUCAAUUUAAAUGUGGCACAAACUCUACGAUACAUAUGAGAAUUUACAAACUAUGUUAACUGUAAACUGUAUAAAUGUAAUAUUAUACUAUUGAAUUAAAUUUUAUCUAAAUGUAAA